AUGCCACCUCUGACUGGGGCCUGUGGAGGUGUGAGAGUCAGAGCUCCAGUGGUAGGGGAGAUAGUGGGAGGAUCCAGGGCACCCCAAGAUCAUGGUAGGAGAGGCCCUCAGAUGCUAGCUCCAUCGGGUGCCCCAGUAGGAGCUGCAGCAGGACCUUCAGUGCCUUCCCCGAUAGCAUGGAGAGAGAGACGAGGGACUCCGGCACACAAGUGUGGCACAGGUAGACGUACUCAUGACGAGAGCGGUCCACCAGAGCCUAUCGCUGAGGAUGAUGAAACAGAUGAGGACGAGGAGCCAGCAAGCCUGCAGUCAGAGUCAUCUGAUGGUGGAGGCGACGGCACCGGCUCGGGUUCUGAGAGCGGUGGCGAUGCUGAGGAUGGCUCCGAGGAGGGGAGCGGAGAUACUGAGGAGGGCUCCAGCUCAGAUUCAGAUAGUGGUGCUGAUGGCGAUAGCUCCGAGUCCAUGCCCAAGAAGAGAACGAAGAGGGCCUCUCGAUCCUCAGAUGGGCGUCACUAA